CUGCUCGUUCUCUCCGCUCGUCCUCUCUCUGCUCGUCCUCUCUCCCUCUCGCACAGAUUCUGCCUCGUCGCUACGACGACAUUUUUGGCGAGUCGUGCAAAAGUUGCCAUUUAGAACAUGAUCGCGGACCGAUUGUCUUUCUCCUGCGUCCAUUACGCGCCGCGACCCGAAGCGUCGCCAUGUGAAUGUGCUGCAGAGCCUCCAGCAGAUUGUUGUAGGAAGUGUCAGGCUCUUUUUUCUUUCCUCCUCUCUCGCCCCCUCCUCCUCCUCCUCCCCCCCACCUCCUCCUCCAGCCGGGCGAUUCAAACCUGCAAAAUCAAAGUAAACAAUCAUCCGCAGGCUUAAUGCAGAUGUGCCACAUCCACGACGCGCGUCGCGGCGGCGCUCGCGCCACAUCUGGACCAGUUGUGCAGCUCGGAACAGUCGGAUCUGCAGAAUAUGGCGUCCGGUGCUUAUAAAAAUAAGACGGGGCUGCCAUUUUUGUUUUCCUUUUGUCUGAUUUUUUUUUUUUUUUUUAAUAAAACUGUCUGAGAAUGUGGGAGAGGCGGCGGACACGAGCGAGGCGCUGCGGAGGACCGCGUCUCGACCGCGGAGGAGAGGGCUGCUCAGGAUGGCUGAACCUCGCUUUAAUAAUCCCUACUUCUGGCCUCCACCUCCCGCGAUGCCCGGCCAGCUGGAUAACCUAGUCUUGAUCAAUAAAAUCAAGGAGCAGCUGAUGGCGGAGAAGAUCCGACCGCCGCAUCUUCCCGCUGCCUCAGCUCCUUCCCAACAGCAAUUACUGGCUCCCCCCAGUCAGGUAGGAAGUGGCCAGCACGGGAUGUCCAAAGCGCAGCAGAUGCAGGUCCUCCACAGCCACAGCUCGUCUCAGCCUGACAUCGCCCUGCAUGCCCGCGCCACCUCCAGCUCGGUCACAGGUCGAAUUCUGGGCGACGUGAACUUGAAUCUGGACGACAAGGCAGCUAUAAAAGCCAGAGGAUUAUGGGAAGACUGGCACCUGCGCCAACUCAUUGAUCACCCCUCCAGGACAAACCACGUCUCAGGUGUGGCGCUGGCGUCCAGAACAGGCAAUCUCAACCCCUCGGAGAUCAUCACCCCCACCACGCCCACGUCAAGCGGCCACGGUCGACUGGGCGGAGCGCCGACCCCUCACCUCAUCUCAGGGUUAGCCAGUUGCCACGGGAUGGAGCAUGGGAAAAACAACGGGGGUCUGGUGGGGCUGCUCGGGCCUCCUCCGAAAGAGGAGCGAGGCCGCAAGAAGAUCAAAGCAGAGAAUGGGUCUUCGUUGUUGGUGGUGCCCUACCCGAUCCUCGCCUCAGGCAACGACCAGUCCUGCUGUACCAUCACUGCCAAACCGGGAAAGACCUACAGGUGUAAAGUUUGUCCUCUGACUUUCUUCUCCAAGUCGGACAUGCAGAUUCAUUCUAAAACACACACGGAGGCGAAGGCUCACAAGUGUCCCCACUGCACUAAGUCCUUCACGAACGCGUCCUACCUGGCCCAGCACCUGCGCAUACACCUGGGCGUCAAACCGUACCGCUGCUCCUACUGUGAGAAAUGUUUCCGCCAGCUCUCCCACCUGCAGCAGCACACCAGAAUCCACACAGGCGACCGACCGUACAAAUGUGCCCAUCCAGGAUGUGAAAAAGCUUUUACUCAGCUAUCUAAUCUGCAGUCUCACCAGAGGCAGCACAACAAAGACAAACCCUUCAAAUGUUCCAACUGCUACCGUGCCUACUCAGACUCGGCCUCGCUGCAGAUCCACCUGUCUGCGCACGCCAUCAAAAACGCCAAGGCCUACUGCUGCAGCAUGUGUGGCAGGGCGUAUACCUCAGAGACGUACCUUAUGAAGCAUCUGGCUAAGCACACAGUGGUGGAGCAUUUGGUGUCCCACCACUCGCCUCAGCACAGGACAGAGUCACCAACCCUCCCUAUACGGAUCUCCCUCAUCUGAUCUCCUCACACGUCUCUCUCCGCUCCCAUCCGAGACAUUUCCUGUGAUAUUUCAGCAUUCCUCUGAUGGACUUGAACCCAUAAGUGGGUUCCAAAAAAUGUGCCAGAUUGUACUCAAAUCUCGUGAAGAGGUGCUCUUUUAAUGAGCAUAUCCUCCUUUCCUUUUUCUUGCUGACCAGAUAGUAUUAUCGGGGACAUCCAAAGAUGACUUCUCAGCACUUUCAGGCCUGGAAAUAACAGGCCUUAAAAUUUCGUUUUCUAUGUGACGGAAAAAAAAGGUUUUGCUCUAGGCAGCUACAUGGAAGAUCUUUUUAAACUUUCUGCGUUAUAACAGAUUACUUUGUCUUUUUUAUAUGGUCCUUUAUUUUCUUUACUCGAGUCUUUGCAAAAAAAAAAGAAGAAGAAAAAAAAAAGAGUAUUUGCAUCAGAGAUAGUCUUCCGUUAGCCAGGUGGCCAACAGAACAUAAAGGUGAAUGCUUAUAUGAUGUGUAUUCAUGUACUGUAUAUUGUGCCACUUCUUAUGUCAGUGUUUUCAAUAUUUCACCAAUCAUGUGGCCAUAAUGAACACAGAAACAAUGUUUUAACAUUUUUAAUCCAGUAAUUUUCAACGUGCAACUCACAAAGUAGAUGGAUGGAUAUUUUUUUAAUUAACAUGUAUAUUUUGCAGUGUUAUGAAUAUAUGCUCAAGGCAAACACCAGGACUCAAUUGAAUAUGGCCAGGUUAAAAAUGUUCUAAACUUUAAGCACCUUUGGAAAAAGUGUCAUAAAAGACAAAAAAAAAACUGAGUUGAAAUUUAAUUUGGUGCAAUGAAUAUGAGAGAUGGUCACAUUCUCUCAUACAAUUCAGUCAAAACUCCCCCAAACCUACAAUUAUCUAUAUGCUCAAUUCGCCAAAAUGAAUGAUGCACUUACAGUACUUUUUUUGUUUACUUUUAAUUUUAAUUGGGUGUGCAAAUAAAUAAAUGUAGUUGUUAAAACUGAAAUAUUACACCACCACUCUGCUGCUGCCACACAGAUUUAUUGUGUUUAUUAUUCUGAAAAACAUUAGUGAUGAGGUUUCUAUGUUGAGGUUUUCAGUUUUUUUAAAAUAUACUUUUUGUAAUGUUUUAAGGAUGAACACUUUGCCAUUUUAUAUACUAUUAGCCUUAACUUUGUUACAACUCUAGGAUCCACUUAGUUGUUUUAUCAUUUUACAUUUGCCUUUAAUGUCAUAGCAUGAUAUACACUGUAAAUAAACUAUAUUAACUGUCAGCCCGUUUUAUAAUAAAUAAUUCUAUAAUUACUGGUA